AUGGAAUCAGCGCUCUCAAGUUCACCUUCACAAACAGGAGCUUUGGCUUCGGAACAAUUAAAUCAACCAAAAAAGGAUUUGCCUCCCAAACGCGAAAAAAUAAAUCUCUCAGCGCAGGCAAAAGUAAUGCAAAAUGAGAACAGUCCAGUACCAUCAAUUACCGAUGUUGAACAAGUGAGCGAACAAGCACCCAAGAUGUUCAAUGUUUCGGCUGGAGAAGCUACGGAAGAGCUCUCAGAUGUCAGCGAAUUCGAAGGGACAAUGAGUAAAUCAAUCAAGUCCACUCGUCUUCCAACUUUAAUUUAUCAAAUCUCACCAUUUAUACGCAAUAAGAAAGUUCGUUUAAUGCUAAUAAUUAAUUCCUUCGCAACAAUUAUUAACAUGCUCUUGUUACUCAUAUUGAUCACGUUUAUGAUCUGGAGCAUCGUUCUUAGCGCUCACAUACGAAGUACUGCGGGAAUAAUGAAAUUUCCGUGUCUUUUUACUUACCUUGAAUGGUCUGAUUGCUCAUCUACGUGUCGAGUUUUUGGACAAGAUUACCCACGGCGUAUUCGCAAAGUGAACAAAAGUUCCAUUGUACAAGCUCGAAAUGGCGGAAAACCAGAAUGUCCUGCAAAUUUAGCCUAUCAAGUUGAUAGUGCACCAUGCAAUACUUACUUAUGUCCAACAAAUCUGUCGAAUUAUAGUUUUAGCGAAUCUUGUCAUUACAAUGAUGCAAACCUACGAAGUGACGGUGGAUGCUUUAGGAUUCGAGAUGUACCUUUGGAUGAUCGACUAAUUCUCAUCGAUACAAACUUAACUGAAAUGUGUAAUUGCUCAAGUACUGUUCAUCUAUAA